ACUACGCAUUUUACAUCUUCAGGUUGGCAAUAAGAGCUCAAUCACAUGGUAAUGUUUAUUAUUAGUGUUUACCUAUUUGCUUGUCAAAAUUUGAAGUUACGUUUAACUGGAUAAGUUCUUUGAUCAGCUCAAUGAUUCCUUACUUUGGGGAAUACAAAUGUGGAAUUCACUAUGUGUAGACUAAUAAAAACUACCUUUUGCGUUAUAUUUUUGCUGCCUGUUUUUCUUCUUAUUGAUGGUAAAAUUAUUGUGUUUGAAGAUGACAGGAGGAUUGAUGAGUUUCAUUCAACUGAGUUGCCAUAUUCACUUAAAAAAGUUGACGAUGAUUUACAUGAUAGAACAGGAGUGAUAUUACUUGCGAACCCCCCUGAUGCCUGUGCACCAAUAUUAGGCCCGCCUGAACAAAAUUCAUCUCUCAAUUGGUUUGUGCUUAUUGCAGGAAAUCUCUGUGAUUAUGUCACUAAAGUCAGUAAUGCUCAAUCAGCUGGUUUUUCUGCUGCUAUAAUAUAUACCUUAAGAGGGAGUAGUGUUAAUGCAAAUCAGAAAAUCUAUCAAGGUUAUCUACCUAACAUUACUGCUGUUUUAGUUAGAACUAAUGCUGGAAUUAUCAUAAAAGAGAACUAUUUGUAUACAAUAAAUAAAAGGUUCUGGAUCCUAAUGACACCUAACCAACCUUCUCCAAAAUGGAAAUAUUUCCUACAGAAGUAUCGCUUGUUACUUGCCACUUUUCUGUUCUUAGUUAUCAUUUUAGUCAUACCAAUUGGUAUCCUAAAGUAUGUUCAACGGUCUCAUGCAAUGCAGAACUCUAUUCUUAACACAAGUCAUUUGGAACAGUUGGAAACUGCCAAAUUUAAAACAGGGGAUCCGUAUGAAACAUGUGCAAUUUGCUUAGAAGAUUUUAAAGUUAAUGAGAAGUUACGAAUUCUUCCUUGCUGUCACGCUUAUCACGCUACUUGUAUUGAUCAAUGGUUAACUGAAAAUAGACGAAUCUGCCCUAUGUGUAAAAAGCAAGUUAAUUUAAAUCAAGAAUCAGCUCAAGCUGAAAUCUCUGCUGUUACCAAUAAUCAAUCAGAAACAACUCCUUUGCUCAAUUCAGAAAUUCAAAGAUCUGCUCCUCCGCCUGACAGAAGUUUCAGAACUUUGUCAAAUGCUUAUCAAGGCCGUCUUCAUACAUUGCCUUUUAACAUACGACAAACAUCGCUUGCAAAUCACAAUAAUUCUGUCUGAGAUUAUCUCAGUUAGUGAUAGAAAUUAUACAAUUAGAUUAUGGACAAAAUCGAAUUUAUACUUUUAAAAAAUGUCUUUUUUUUUUGACAUUGAAUUCAAUUUUUAAAAAAUGUUAUUCUCAUUGUCUUUUACCUACCUCUCGUAUUUAUUCUGUAUUUGGAAUAACUUUUUAUUUUUGUAUGUUUUUAACUCUUCUUAAAUU